UGGUCCAUUGUAAAUCAAUUUGUAUUACUGUUGAAACAAUUCGUAGUUCAACAAAAAAUAAUAUGUUUAAAAAUUUAUUCUUUUUGGGAUUAGUUGCUGUUGCUAUUGCUCAUUUUACAUAUUUGUCAGACGAUGAAGAGUUUGAGAAUUUUAAGAUAAAAUUCAACAAAAAUUAUUCAUCGGAUCUUGAAGAAAAAUUACGUAAACAGAUAUUCAUCAAUAGUUUAAACAGAGUCAAGGAACAAAACGAAAAAUAUGAAAAAGGGGAAGAUACUUGGUACGCGGGUAUUAACCAGUUUUCUGAUAUGACCGAUGAAGAAAAGAGACGACAUACCGGCUUGUUACCACCACCCAUCAUAAAAUUUAAAUAGAAUGUAAAAAUAUGGAAAUUCUCUAAAUAAAUAACUUUUCUCUCGUA